AUGACGCAAGAAAUCAGUAUGGCUCAAGCCAUUCACUUCCGGAUGUCCAAGACCACCACAAAAAGGAUCUUCCAAGAAGUCAUGUUUAUAAACCUGAUGAUCCAUAUCUUGUUGAUGACAUGCACUGUGCAGUUUCUGACAGUGAAGCCUAUCACUUGGGUCAAGAGGAGACGGACUGGUUUGAGAAACCACGAGAAGCACGCUCAAAGCAUCAUGGCACGAGUGGACAUUCGUCCGCAGGUAGACGCAGUAAGCACGCCCACCAUGACUAUGAUGAGCCCCCUGAGGAGUACGGUCCAGAAGACUACAAUCAACAGCGCCACACUUCAGCAAGAGAACAUCGUCACCAUGGCAGCAGCUCUGGAAGACACAGCUCAUCCCGCCACUCUUCUGAGGAUCCCAGAUCACCUCGUUCUUCCCGAACCCACUCUAAAGAUCCAACUGGUCGCACUGAAGGCAGGACCUCUGCAGGAGUACAGAGGAGGGCUCACCCAGACUCCCGAACCUCCACGGGAAGCCCACGAAAUUCAGGCGACUUCUCACGAGACUCACCCACAGGACAUCAUCAUGGACGGGGACAAAGAACUCAAGGAGACCGCCCACCAUCCAGGAGACAAGACCCCAAUGCACCAGGGUCAAAGGAUCAGCACCCACAGCAGCAGACAGCUCCAGGUCAGCAGCGGGCUGGUGCGCAGACUGGGAGACAUCCUGGGCCAGAAUCCACAGAUGCCACACAGCCGCCACCACAGAUAA